UACUGUUACAUGGCCACAGAGGUUUGAAAACAGAGAAAUACAUUUUAUGAUGGGGAGGGUUUUAGUUCUAGACUUGGACACAAAGAGUGAUUUGUCACAAUUUUAGAGUUUGUUUGGGACUUAAGACGCUUUGACAAGUCCUUCUAUGGAGCUGAGUAUUUUUGACCAAAUCGACCAUCUUUCAAACUGGGAAAAGUUAAAUGGAAUCGAUGGGGAAGAAAUUGAAGCAAUAUCUGAGAUCGGGGUCCACGAAAAAGAAGGAAAGAUGGUUCUUGGAGAACGGAAGCGUUUUCUUAAAAGAGCUCAUCGCUGACUGUAAUGGUAAAUCCAUUCCUAUACGCAGCUUUACUUCUUCUCAGAUCCGUAAAGCCACCAAGAAUUUCGAUUCCAGUUGUUAUGUCACUGAAGAAGGUUUCUACAUAUGGUACAGAGGUGUAAUCGAAGAUAGAUCUUACAUGAUCAAGAGAUUCUCUGAGUAUAAAGUUACAGAUCGCAGAGUAGCAGAGGUUUACAAAGACAUAGUCUUGUCUGCUCGGAUGAGCAAUCAUAACAAUUUUCUUAAACUAUUAGGAUGUUGUCUUGAGUUCCCUUUUCCGGUUCUUGUGUUUGAAAAUGCUGAACAUGGAUUUCUGAAUCAUCGAGGAGGUGUUACGGUAAACGGGCAUGAAUCUUUAUUGCCUUUGAGUUUAAGGUUGAAGAUUGGGAAGGAGGUUGCAACUGCUUUGGCUUAUCUUCACAUGGCGUUUCCUAAGAUCAUCAUAUACAGAGAUGUUAAGCCAAUGCAUGUUUUCUUGGACAAGAACUGGACUGCAAAGUUGUCUGAUUUAUCUUUCUCAAUCUCGCUCGAUGAGGGAAAAUCACAGAUAGAAGCUGAAGACGUGCUGGGUACAUAUGGGUACCUUGAUCCAUUAUACUUUGCAACCAGACUUGUGACGGAAUAUACCGAUGUGUACAGCUUUGGAGUCUUUUUGAUGGUUGUUAUGACUGGCAGAUCGGUUUACUUCACCGGAUCUGAUGGGUAUCCUCUAGGUAUUCUUGGAUAUGUGAAAGGCUUAUAUGAGAAUGGGAAUCUCAGUGAAGUAAUAUGUCCUAUGAUGAUGAAAGACAUUACGAAUGCUCAAAGAUUGCAGGUGGAAGCUAGUGUUUUACUUGCACUGAGAUGCUGCGAGGAGAGGGAUGAUGACAGACCGAAGAUGAUUCAUGUAGCUAAAGAACUCAAGCGGAUUGAACAUCAUUGUUAAAAUCCUAGCUAGAGAUCAUCUUUAUCCCAUUACUCUGGAAAGUUUGGAACGCAUAUGAUUACGGACCUGAAGAAUGCCAAAGAGCUUUGAAGUGUUAGAAAGACUGAUCAAAACGUCUGUCUGUGAACCAAACAAUGUCUACUCUUUGAAGAGUUGUCUAAAAGUGUUUCCUGUAUAUGAUCUUUCUCUGUUUUUCAGAUUUCUCUCGUAUCUUUGUUGAUA